AUGAAUACCAGCAGCGAGUAUAUCGAUCUUGUCGACAGAAAUCCUUGUGUCAUCGAUGCACGAAGUAAAAAUCGCACGGAAAUAUACACCACGCCGGGUACAGCAGAGCUUCUCUACGAUUCCGAACAGAUGCUACUAACUCGUAUCAUUCCAGCUACAAUUACAUGUCCGUUUGGUAUCAUACUUAACUGUCUGUUUCUCUACGUAGUAUUCAAGGUGUCAGCCAUGCGUACACUGACUAAUAUGUAUCUAUCGAACCAAGCCAUCGUAGACUGUAUGUUUCUAAGCUUAUACUAUAUAGUGCAAGUCGGCGAACCGUUGUCAACUGAUGUCGUACACGAUAAAAGUUUCCUAGGACCGGUUGGAUGUUUUAUUGUGAACGUAGCUCUCGAUAUUUGUUUUUUUGUUUCCGAGUUUAACAUACUUUUAGUGACCUUCGAACGAUACAUGGCAAUUUGUAAACCAUUUAAAGCGGAUAGAAUCAGUUCCAAGUCUCGAACAUACAAACUUAUCGUACUUACAUGGAUCAUGGGUUUUUUCUUCUCCGCUCCGAUCUCAAGUUUUUAUACUAAGUGGUAUACUACAUGUAUUAUAUGGCCGCCGAGUAACGAGACAGUUUUCCUGCCGAUGACCUAUUCCAAUUGUUUCUCUGGAGUCUGGACACCACUUGAUGGCAUACUACACAGUUUGACGCCGAUAAUUGCAUUUAUUUUAGUGAUUACGGCAAUUAUAGUGCUUAAUGUGUUAACGACAAGAGACCUGCAGAGAGGAGUGCGGAAAUAUUCAGUCAGCGCUCACGAUUUGAAACAGAGACGUCGUCAGCAACGGCCGAUAGUUGUUAUGUUAGCGGUGACGGCGGGAGUGUUAUUCGUUUGCCUAUUGCCGUAUCAUUUAGAUCUGAUCAUCGGCUACUUAUACAACACAACACAUCCUAACAGUGUAAUCAUUAUGCCCCAGGCAUGGAAUGAACUGGUUCGGUGGCUGCCGAUGGUGAAUUCCUCAAUAAAUCCCAUUAUUUAUGGUAUUCUAAAUAAACAAUACAGGCGGGCGUUUAUCGCUACUCUGGCAUGCUGCCCAAGUAAAGUUUGA